ACGAUUUCAUUGGCCUAAUUAAGUUUCGAUUUCUGGAGCUCACAAGCCAACGGAGAGUUGCUUAGCCCUAUUUAUUUACUCAAUGUUCUCAUUUCAAUGUGAUGUUAUGAAUUUGCUGCUCUCUUAAUUUCAAUGAAUAGAAUGUUCAUGUUGGACAAUUCAGUGUAGGCUAAUACACAAAGUGAUCACCAGCUACAAAAUACCCAAGGGAAAUGCAGAUGUUUUGCUCUGCACAGUUUUGUCCUCUGCCUUCAAGUGGAUACUGUGAUCUUCAGUACCUGAAGAUGGUUCAAUCACUCCCCCCACCCAUACAGUAUUGUUCCUACUAGUCAGGAUUGAUCCGACCACCCUUCAGUUGCAAGUCUCCGCAGCCAAGUGGUACCAAUCUGAAAAUCAUACUCAUUCUGCUCUUAUCUAUUUUAUCACUUGAUAAUUAUCAAAUAGCUCUUUGUGAAUUUCUCACUUUGAAUGACUGGAAUGUUGGUCAAUGCAAUGCUAAAGUAUAUCACACGAGGAGCAGUCACUAAUGGUGAAGCGGCUGAGUUUACAUUAGUUGUGCCAGCCUUGCAGGAUAUCCUCACUCACGUAAUGCCUCUAAUCAGAAAUUAAUAAAUUGUUGAACCAGUCAUAUCUAUUGCAUCUCUUAUUAUUAUUACUAUUAUAUUUCUAUUGCCCCUCUAUGCUUUUAUUAGCUAUUCCUGUUUGCUUUUGUUAUGUAAAGCACAUUGAAUGACCUCUAUGAAAUGCGCUAAGCUGUAGGCUAAAUAAAGUUGACUUGGCUUGACUUAUUAAAUUCAUUGUGAGGUUUUUCCCCCAUCUGUAGUGUCUGAUGAUGAUUUCUGAUUAAUCAUUAAUUUAGUUGAUGCAGUGCAUGUGUAUGACUUUGCACCGUUAGUAUAUUACGAACAGGCUAUAAAGACACAAAUGCUCUUUGAACUUUGCUCCCAAAGUCAUGGGAGUGUGUACAGUUCCUUCUUCUUCGGUGGAGCAGUGCUCACGAUAGAAUAGGGUUUAAAAAGUGAAUAAGAAAGAUAUCCUCUAAUGAUCUGAUAUUUUAACUAGACUGUAUUUCUUUUGAACCAGAAUUGUCUCGUGAGACACCAUGUGUCCUUUAGGCUAUUUCAAAUGCUGUGAGCGGUAACUCAGCGACAAUAUGAGGACUUCUCCGUAUGUUUGGAUUGUGAUCCUCUCGGCCUGGUGGUUCACAGACUUCAUUCACAGUCUUCCAGUGGAAACCACUAUAGACUGCACAACAGGGACAACUGUGUCUCUGGGGGAAGUAGAUGAAAAAUAUGCAGGGGACAUAGACAGUAUUAUCAGCAUUCCAAGUGGGACGGAGCUAACACCGGACUUUACACAGUGUCCACAGUGUGAACAGUUUCUGGAGUUUGUCUAUGUCGUCUCCAUAACAAAUGCUACAGUGAAAACAAAGACUCCACUGGAUGCAGAGGCAUUAACAGAAACAGGAGGUAUCUUAUCCUACUCCAUCACCUGUGCAUCCACUGGGGUGACAAAUGGUCGAAUAGUACGGAUCAGAGAUCUGAAUGACAAUGCUCCAAUCUUUGAAAAAGCGGAGUACAUUGCAAAUAUAGCAGGGACUUUAUCUGAGGGUGAGGUUGUGGUCCAAGUGAAAGCAGUGGAUGCAGAUGCCAGUCCAAUCAACAACCGUAUAACCUACAGCCUUCUGGCCACAGAGUCCAGCGCAACGUUUGCUGUGGAGCCAUCUAGUGGACAGGUGUAUGUAGUGUCUGCUGCUGGUCAGAUAGAGAAUGUUUCUCUGCAGGUGAUGGCAUCAGACCCACAUGGCCUCAAUGACACAACGACAGUCAAGGUGAUGAUAUGGGAAAGCAGAGAUGUUGUGGUGAUUUCUCUGAACCAGAAGAUUGGCACUGUGCAGAACAAAUCCCUCGAGAUGAAGGAAGCUCUAGAGAGGGCCCUCGGCUGGUCUGUGAACAUCAUCAGUGUGAGCAGCAGCAGGGGAGGGUUGGCCCUGAGUCGCACCAUAGAGAUCCACACACUCCAGAGAAAGAACACUCCAAGGACCUACGUCAGUUUUAUAGCCACGGAAAUCAAUGGAACCAAUGUCAUACCAAAAGAGACCGUUCAAACUAAACUACUGGAUGAUGAGGAGAAUGUUCUGGCAGAGAUGCAGCAGGUCUUUGGCCCAAGUUUGCGGUAUGAGGUUGUGGAUGACGGCAGUUUAAGCACACCAAACAUCCCAAUCAUCUUGGAAACAGUGAUACCAGUGAUUUUUAUUGUUUCAGCCAUCUCCAUUUGGUGUGUACACAAAAAAUGUCAAUCAAACACAAAGAAACAACACUCAGACAUGCAUCUGUCGAAUAUUGGAGGUGUGGACACCACAGACUAUACUGGAGACACAAGUGAUUUAGCAGGAGACACGGACUCUAUGAGAGAAGGCCCUAAUUUAGCAGGAGACACGGACUCUAUGAGAGAAGGCCCUAAUUUAGCAGGAGACACGGACUCUAUGAGAGAAGGCCCUAAUUUAGCAGGAGACACGGACUCUAUGAGAGAAGGCCCUAAUUUAGCAGGAGACACGGACUCUAUGAGAGAAGGCCCUAAUUUUUGAUUUAGCAGGAGACACGGACUCUAUGAGAGAAGGCCCUAAUUUAGCAGGAGACACGGACUCUAUGAGAGAAGGCCCUAAUUUUUGAUUUAGCAGGAGACACAGGAGAACCUGAUGUCGGAUUUUGCUGCAGACAAGACAUAGUCUCCAGAGGAACUGCAACUGAAGCCUCCACAUACUGUACACACUUGUUUUAAAAUGCAUUCCCUUUUACUAUGUUUACACCUGACAUCCAUUCCGCUAAUGUUAUUAUUUAUAUGCGUAUAUAUUAUUAAGAGCAUUUAUCAAAAUACAAUAAAGGUUGUAUCAGCGAUUGCAGGCCCAAACAUAAAUGAUCACAUUCAUCUAAUCUUUCCUAACGAUUCGCUAGCUGCCCAUCCCAUAAGCAGGCCAUCAAAAAAACACAUCUCUGUAGACAGCCUAGGCCAGGGCUCUUCAAUUGGCGGCCCGGCCGAGUCCGGCCCGCAAGGUCAUUUGUACUGGCCCUUUAAAAAAAAAAAAGUAAGCUCUAGCAGUGCAUGAGCUGUUCUGCACUCUUGCAUCACUCUUGCAUCUAGCGAAAGAAAAACUUGGAGUCUCUCUGUGUCCAUUUAGUGAAUGAUGAAUUUGUGCGUCGCCUUGGCUAUUGCCGUUGUCCUUCAUUUCUUCACGUCUUACAACAUAAUGCAAUAAUAGUCUAGUGAAGUCAGAAAUGAGCCUGUCUAAAGGCCUCUUGGAAAUCAUGUGGCAUGUCACAUUAAAUGCGCACUCUUGGAAAUCAUGUGGCAUGUUAAAUGCGCACUCAAUUGCGAUUCGAAGCAAAAAAGUAUCACCGAUAGCCUAACGAAGGUAAAUUGCGUUUGUAAAUGUGGCGACGGCAAAAUGUUUUGUGCUUAAAGCGAAUCGUAGACUAUAUAAUAACCAAAGAAAGUGAAGGAGAUGCUUUGCACCUCCGUUCACCAAAUAAAGGCCGUGGUUGUGUUUCAAAACGUAAUUUCUGUCAGAAACCAAGUAGGCUAAACGUUUUCAUUGUCAUCGUGAACUAUGCCCAUGUUCAGUAGGCUAUGUUUUUCAUUCAAGCAGUGAUAUUUGGUAUAAUGCAUGGGGUAACGUGACGUACGUCAGAAAAAAAGAUGGGCCUGUCCCUCUCAAAACUUGUUAAAAUAG